AUGCCUUUUGAGGUAUUUAAUUCAUUAAGGGAGAGAUUUUUAAAGCCUGGGAAAGAAGAGGUGAAGAAUACUGUUAGUGACUCACUGGGACACUUCCAAAGAAAAAUCGAUGGAACCAACCUAGAAGAAGAUAACAUAGAACUGAAUGAGGAAGGAAGACCUGUGCAGGCAGCUACUCACAAAUCCCCCUUGUUUGACUGUCAUUGCUGUGGACUGCCCAAACGCUACAUCAUUGCUAUAAUGAGUGGCCUGGGGUUUUGCAUUUCUUUUGGAAUUAGAUGCAAUCUUGGUGUUGCUAUAGUAGAAAUGGUUAACAAUAACACAAUUUACAUUGAUGGAAAGCCAGAAAUUGAGAAAGCACAAUUCAACUGGGAUCCAGAAACAGUAGGGCUUAUUCAUGGUUCAUUUUUCUGGGGUUACAUUGUAACACAAAUUCCAGGAGGCUUCAUUGCAAACAAACUAGCAGCCAACAGAGUAUUUGGAGCAGCUAUUUUCCUAACGUCCACAUUAAACAUGUUCAUUCCUGCAGCUGCCAGAGUCCACUAUGGCUGUGUUAUGUUCGUAAGAAUUUUACAAGGUCUUGUAGAGGGUGUGACCUACCCAGCUUGCCAUGGGAUGUGGAGUAAAUGGGCUCCUCCAUUGGAGAGAAGCAGGCUAGCAACCACAUCUUUCUGUGGUUCUUAUGCUGGGGCAGUUGUUGCCAUGCCCCUUGCAGGUGUGUUGGUACAGUAUAUAGGAUGGCCAUCAGUCUUUUAUAUAUAUGGAAUGUUUGGGAUUUUCUGGUACAUGUUCUGGCUUAUGCAUGCCUACGAGAGCCCAGCUGCACACCCAACAAUAACCAGUGAGGAAAGAACUUACAUAGAAACAAGUAUAGGAGGAGCCAAUCUAGUCAAUGCCAGCAGAUUUAGUACCCCAUGGAAACAGUUUUUCACUUCAAUGCCAGUUUAUGCAAUCAUUGUGGCAAACUUUUGCAGAAGUUGGACUUUCUACUUGCUGCUUAUAAGUCAGCCUGCUUACUUUGAAGAGGUCUUUGGAUUUGCAAUAAGUAAGGUUGGCCUUUUGUCUGCAGUUCCACACAUGGUCAUGACAAUUAUUGUACCCAUUGGAGGGCAGCUGGCUGACUUUUUACGGAGCAGAAGGAUUUUAACAACUACUGCAGUAAGAAAAAUCAUGAACUGUGGAGGAUUUGGAAUGGAAGCUACCUUGCUUUUGGUGGUCGGCUAUUCUCACACAAGAGGUGUGGCUAUCUCUUUCUUGGUUUUGGCAGUGGGCUUUAGUGGAUUUGCUAUUUCAGGAUUUAAUGUCAACCAUUUAGAUAUCGCCCCCCGCUAUGCCAGCAUCCUCAUGGGCAUCUCCAAUGGAGUAGGGACAUUGUCAGGGAUGGUGUGUCCCCUCAUUGUUGGUGCAAUGACUAAACAUAAGACCCGCGAAGAAUGGCAAAAUGUCUUCCUAAUAGCUGCCCUAGUUCACUAUAGUGGAGUGAUAUUUUAUGCUAUUUUUGCUUCUGGGGAGAAGCAGGAUUGGGCUGACCCAGAAAACCUGAAUGAAGAGAAAUGUGGAAUAAUUGACCGGGAUGAACUGGCUGAAGAGACUGAUCUGAAUAGUGAUAGUUUUGUUAGCCCAAAGAAAACAUAUGGUGCUACUUUUCAAAAUGAUGAAAUACGAAGGAAAGUGUUGCACAAGCAAAAGGAACUGAUGCAAGAUCUAGAAGAACAGACUUCCUACCAAUAUGAAAAUGGAAACUUUCAAGAUACAUCAUAA